AUGUCGAAACCAACAAGCCUCAAUGGCAGCGAGAGCGAGUUCGAGUUCAUCGAGACUCCAAAGGCCUCGCCGCCGUCGUUUGAAAAGGAGGAGUGCGGCGUCCGUACUACAAAGUACCUGUCCAUCAAGAAUGGCCCGCUGCCCGCCGACGGCCCCGGCUCCGACUCGUUCAAUAACACGGCCCUCAUCGCCAUCCUCGUCGGCACCCCCCUCUACAUGACCUGGAAGAUUGGCGCUGGCCUCAAGACCUUUGUCUUCUUCGCCCUCCUCGUCGAUGUCCCGCUUCUCGUCACAUGGUGGCUCGUCGUCUCCGCCAUCAGCCCCCGCCGCAACGAAAAGGCCAAGUUGCCGGGCCGCCCGGUCGAGUAUUACCUGGAUUUCAAGAAAGAGUCGGACCGCGCCAAGUACCGCGGCUCCAACAAGAUACCCAUGGAGACCUUCCACGAGAUGUACUUUGACGGCGACGUCGACUUCAAGGGCGACUGCCUCGAGGUCAUGGAAUACCGCCACGACUGGGCCAGCUUCCGCUUCACCGUGAGCCUCAUCAGGUUCUUUCUCCUUGGCACGAUCCCCGAGCUCAUCAUGCACACCCGCUCCCAAGACGAGGAGCAAGUCCGAGAGCACUACGACCGCGGUGACGACUUUUACGGCUGGUUCCUUGGCCCUCGCAUGAUCUACACAUCCGGCAUCAUAUCCGACAUUGACAAGGAGGAGUCUCUGGAACAGCUCCAAGACAACAAGCUGGCCAUUGUCUGCGAAAAGAUUAGCCUCAAGGCUGGCGAGAGGAUGCUCGACAUUGGCUGCGGCUGGGGCACCCUCGCUCGUUUCGCCAGCGAAAACUACGGCGCCCACGUCACCGGUGUCACGCUUGGCCGCAACCAGACGGCCUGGGGCAACAGCGCCAUGCGCAAGGUUGGCAUUCCCGAGGAGCAGAGCAAGGUUUUGUGCAUGGACUAUCGCGACAUCCCCGUCCCCGAGGGCGGCUACAACAAGAUCACAUGCCUGGAGAUGGCCGAGCACGUCGGUGUCCGUCACUUCUCGGGCUUUCUCACCCAGGUCUACAACAUGCUGGACGACGAUGGCGUUUUUUUCCUCCAGAUUGCCGGCCUUCGCAAGCCCUGGCAAUACGAGGAUCUCAUCUGGGGCCUGUUCAUGAACAAGUACGUCUUUCCCGGUGCCGACGCGUCCACGCCUCUCGGAUGGGUCGUGGACAAGCUCGAGGGCUCUGGCUUUGAGAUCAAGGGCAUCGACACCAUUGGCGUGCACUACUCGGCGACUCUCUGGCGCUGGUACCGCAACUGGAUGGCCAACCGCGACAAGGUUGAGGCCAAGUACGGCAAGCGCUGGUUCCGUAUUUGGGAGUACUUCCUCGGCUACUCCACGAUUGCCUCGCGUCAGGGCACCGCGACCUGCUUCCAGAUCACGCUGGUCAAGAACAUCAACUCGACUCACAGAAUUGAGGGCAUCGACUCCCAAUUCGCCCUGGCGGGUGCUCUCAAGAACUGCAAGGCCGACUUGCAGACUUGGGCUGCCAAGAACAAGGUGACAUCGUCCACCGAGUUCCUGUCCUAA